AUGCUGCCUCUUAUGCUUCCCGUGUCCGCUACAAGCGCCACGAUCGACAAAGGAUCAGCCACACCUUAUCGGCGAUUUAAGGAGCGAUACCACUUAGGGGAACUGGUGCAAGACAUUAAGGAACAUUUAGGACACUCUGGGGGGAUCUCAUCCGAAGAUGUUGACUCAGACUAUCUUCGGUCAUUACUGGGGAAGUACAUAUCGGACCCGAGCGACUGGAUCCAGUAUUUCCACAACGACCGCAGCAAGAACUAUACACGCAAUGCGAUUGAGAAUAUCAAUCACAAAGCGAACAUUCUUCUUCUAGUGUGGAACCCUGGAAAAGGAUCACCCAUCCACGACCAUGCAAAUGCUCACUGCAUCAUGAAAGUUCUUGCUGGGGAACUGCAUGAAACCGUUUACAAAUCACCCGAUAAUGGGCCUGGGGAAUCUAAGCCAUUGGAAAUCAAAUCUUCAAACACCUUCGGUAUGAACGAAGUGACUUAUAUUUCUGAUGAUAUUGGACUUCAUCGCGUUCACAACCCCAGCACCGAGCAGGUGGCUGUUUCGCUACAUUUGUAUACACCUCCAAAUGCAGCUGACUAUGGCUACCAUAUUUUCGAUGAAGCUACGGGAUCUGCGAGCCACGUACCACAGGCGCGCUCAUAUUUGAAGCCCCAAGAGAACUAG